UACCUCUCUCCCUCCCUCCCUCCCUCACUCUCUCGCUCUCUUUGAUAUGAUAUGUUUAUAGGCAGUGAAGUCGCCCGCUCUACUCAGAUUGCCAGCGCAAACGCAUUAGCUGCACUGCACUGCACUUUGAUUAAGAGCAGCGGAGGGGAGAAGGGAGCGAAGGAACUGCGCGAGGAGCCAGCGUACACUAUGGCCUCUAAAGAAUCCGCCGCUGCAGGUUUCAUUAACGUCAGCAGAGAAAUUACAGAGAGCAUCAGGAGGGUCAUCGACAAACAGUCUAUCAAGUUUGUGCGAGCCGUGAAGCAGGACACCAAGAACGGCAAAUCAGAGGACAGGAUACUGGUCCUGGCAAUAUGGAGGCUCUAUCUCUUUGCUGUCAAGGUUCCCACCAAGGUGGAGAUGACGUUCAACUUCCUGGAAAUUCGAGCUAUGAACACCUAUCCAGAGCAUCAGGUAGUCAUAGAUACGGACAAGUCGACAUACUCCCUGAGACUGCAGACUCAAGACCACCUGGAUCACAUGAUCAACCACGUGAACUUUGCCCUCUCCAGAGUAUUUAACAACUCUGUGUAUGCUCCUGCGAUCUGUCGAGCUCAAGGGGACCUCGCUGAUGGAGUCCACAAGUUUUCACCCAGUUCUGAAUCCUCUGUGGAGACCCAGAAAACAUGCGGUGGAUUUUCAGAGACCUAUGCGGCUCUGUGUGACUACAAUGGUAUUGGCUGUAAGGAGGAAGUACAGUGGGAUGUGGACACGAUCUACCACUCCCAGGACAACAGAGAGUUUAACCUGCUGGACUUCAGUCAUUUAGAUAGCCGAGACCUUGCAGUGAUUGUAGCUUCCAUGGCUUACAACACUUGGUUCACCAAGCUCUACUGCAAAGACAUGCGCUUAGGUUCCGAGGUUGUCGAGCAGGUUCUCCACACCGUCAGCAAGUCCACCAGUCUGGAGGAAGUCACUCUGGAGAACGCCGGCCUCAAAUCCGAUUUCCCACAGAAAAUGGCGGCCGCUUUGUCAGAAAACCCUGCCUCAGUGAUCCACUCUCUCAAUCUGGCACACAAUACCCUAGACAACCAAGGCGUGUCUAACCUGAUCCAGCAGGUGUGUCGCCUGAGCAAAGGCCUGCGUUUGCUCAACCUCUCCAAGACAUGUCUCUCCUCCAAGGGUGUGGUGUCUCUGUCUCAGGCUCUGUGCUCCAGUGAUGACUAUUCCAACUCUCUCCUUCAUUUGGACCUGAGCAAGAACCCAGGGGUGCUGUCUGGAGAAGACGCCACGAACCUGUACCUGUUCUUGGCUCAGCCCAACUGCCUAGUCCAUUUGGACCUCUCUGGGACCGACUGUACUGUGGACUCGUUGUUUGGAGCUCUGCUCAGAGGCUGCUGUGCUGAUCUCUCCUACCUGAAUCUGUCCAAAAACUCCUUCUCCCACAGGAAAGCAAGGGAGACGCUCCCCAUGUUCAGACAGUUCUUCAGCUCAGUGUUCAGUUUAAGUCACGUGAACCUGUCUUCUAUGAAGCUGCCCCCUGACGCCCUGAGGGCUCUGUUUCUCGGCCUAUCCACCAACCCUCACAUCACGGACCUGCACCUAGACAUCAGCAGCUGUGAGUUGAAAUCUGCCGGUGCAGGGAUAAUCCAGGAGCUGUUCCCUAGGGUCUCCUGUGUCAGUACCCUGGACAUUUCUGACAAUGGGUUGGAUGCAGACCUGCUGAUGGUCCUCCCAGCCUUCUCCAGACACCCAUCCCUCAAAAACCUGCUUCUGGGCAAGAACUUCAACCUUAAGGGCAGGGUGCUGGAUGAGGUUCUGCAGAAGCUGGUCCAGCUGGUGCAGGAGGAAGAGUGUGCUCUGCAGUCCCUCUCCCUGUCCGACUCACGGCUGCGUUCUCGGGGUACGGUGCUGGUGAAUGCCCUGGGCAGCAACACCUGCCUGCGCAGUGACCUCAGUGGCAAUGGCCUGGAAGACACCGGAGCCAAGAUGCUGGGCAAGGCACUGCAGAUCAACACCACCCUCAGGAGUGUGACGUGGGAUCGCAAUAACACCACAGCUACGGGCCUGCAAGAUGUGGCUCGAGCCCUUGAACAUAACUUUACUCUCCAGUACAUGCCCCUCCCCCUCAGUGAUGUCACACAGGCGUACCGGGGCUCCCCAGAGAAGACCGACCAAGCUUUGACCAAGAUCCAGAGGGCUUUGCUAAGGAACAACCAGACUCAGCGCUUCUCUCAGAAACAAGCCCUCCGACUGCACCAGGGCCUGGUCACCAGCACUGCUGAACAGGUGAUGGAGCGCCUGUGUUUGCGAGUGCAGCAGCAGGUGUGUGUUCUCCGAGGCUCGGAGGAAGGAGAGGAUCUACAGGCGGCCAGACAGGUCCUGAAGGAGGCCAGGAACUCUCGCGCCUUGUACCCGUCUCUAUGUGAGUUGGCCCAUGUUCUGUCAGUGGAUGGGCCGGUCAGACAGAGACUGGAGUCUCUUGCAGGCGAACUGACCAAGGCUGCUGAUAAGGAACUGCAGGUGAUAGUGGACUCCAUGGUGUCUCUGUGUCGGGAGCUGUGCCCCAUGUCCUCCCUGGCAGCCGAACACCUCGUCCCCCCGCUCUCCUCCAUCUCCGAGCGCGUGUCCAUCCCUCGCUCCACCAUCCGCACCGCCCUGAUGGAGAGGGCAGCCCAGGACAUCAACAGAGCCCUGGAAGAGGUGAAGCUGUCUGUGGUCUCUUAUCUGACCAACUCCAUAGUGGACCAGAUUCUUCAAGAGCUCUACUCCACUCACAAGACCCUGCAUGGUCAGGUGUCCCAGGUGAAGCGCUGGGAAGACGGGGGAACAGGCAGACGUACCAUGAAACAGUCCAGACUCCCUGACUCAAUGGAGUUCCCUGAUGAGGACAUGGGCAUCAACAUUGACACCAUGGCCAUUAAGAAGCGCAGCUCCCGAACCAGACGGAUCCGACCAGUGUCCACCAGACUAAGUCUUGGUGAUGAGCACAGCUCCUCUCCCCCCCCCUGCGUGCCCUCCCCCUCCGCACCCCUCUCCCGCUCGGCCUCCUGGGAAGGUCUGUCCACCCUGCCCACCCACGGCUCGCCGCUGCGUCACGUGACCCACGUGAGGCCGCGCCCGCCGCGAAGGCACAGGACGGGUCACCUCACUUUUGACCCCCACUUUUCAGAGAAUGGGGGGGUCAGUCUGCUAGAAGAUGGACUUCCUGACUUCUACACCAAGAGAGUCCUGCCUGACAGUCAACUGUCAUCCCUCCAUCAAGCCCAGAUCCUGAGACGCAAAAAGAGACGCAGCGUCCUGUCCAUCUUCUCCGGCUUCCGGAAGAACCGCAACUCUACUAUCUCCAAUCAGGACGCAGAGGCCUCAGAGAAUGUCUACUCGUUUAUUCAGCACCCAAAGGAUGCCGUCAGGGUGGAGUCAACUAUACAUGGAACCAAUGGCGGCAUGCCGUCUCCCAGGCCCAGCCAUGGUGUGCCCCUCCCUGGGAUGAGGGCCGGCAGCCCCCCCUACCACAUACAGAGACAGUCCUCAGACCUGGUCAGCAUGGUGUACAGCUGCAUCGGGGCCGACAUCGACUCCGACGCCAGCAGCUGCGACAACAGACAGUCAGACCGAGAGAUGGACAGACAGACACCAGAGACCCAGGCAGACCCUCGAGCGAAUGGCCACGUCGCAUCCACCGGCGGCCUGGACAAGCCGACGGACAGACAGGUGGACAAGCAGACGGAAGCGGGGAGGCAGGAGAGAGUCAGCUUUCAGACAGACACACGGACAGAAACGGAGGGCGGGGAGUCCUCAGAAGAGGGGAGGGACAACAGAGAGGCCGCCCCCUGCGGACAGAAGCCUGAUCCUCCUCCACAGAGCAGCAAGCCCAAUCUGGCCGGUUUGAGACAGCGACACCUGCAGGAGAGCUCCGACAAAUCCCCCGAGGACUCUGGAGGGGUCGAAGGAAAUAGGGAGCUUGAGAGGAACACAAAGAGACAAGACGUAACGCAGAGAACCCGAGGGGCAGAGGGACAGCGUCCCCCUAUUCCUGCGAAGCCCAGUAAAGAUCUAUCCCGGGAAAGUAACUCUCCAUACACCUCGCCUGCUGUCACUCCACCUGGAGAGGUAACCAGUGACAAGAAGACCCUGCCUCCUGCCCCACCGGCAUCUGCCAAGCCUGGCCUGGAGUCCUCUGGAGCCCCUGUCACUCCAGAAGAAGGCACCAAUCAGAAGAAAAGCCCGCCCCCUGUGCCACCAAUGUCUGCCAAACCUAGUUUCGACUUACCCAGUUCAGCUGUCAAUCAAGAUGAAGAUGGAUCAACAAAUGGCGGAAUAUCGAAGCCACAUCGCAACAGGAAAGCAAACUCUUGUGACACUGGCAUGGGACGGGACAGCCCUAGUGAUCUGGAGAGGUCCUCAGAUCGCAAACCCCCCGUGAAAAAACCCCGUCUCCCCCAGAGCAGAAACAGAUCGCUGGAUUAUCCUGCAUCUGUGUGUCACGACAGUCCGGAGCCUGGCAACAGCGAGGCGUCAUGACAACACCAGCAGAUGGAGAAGCUACUGAGGAUUACGGAGGAGAAAAAUGAUUGGGAGUAGAUAGAUGGAAAGAGGAUGAGUAAGAGCAAGAGAAAAACAAGUCAUUAUGAAUUCUUGGAAGGAACCAACACAGUCAGAAUAGAGUCGAUGGUGGCAUGAUUAGUCACUGUCUCAUUUGUGAAACGUGAUGCAUGAAGGCUGACACUCUUUACACCAGUCCUACUUGCUUUGUCAUCUCACACAUACCAUUUUCUCUACAUAUCCUUCUCUCUCAGACACACACACACACACAGAAACAUUCUCACAUCCAGUAUACUCACAAACAAUUACUUGCUCUUACUAUUGUACAUAUACUUUUAUUAGACUGUAUUUCUAAUUAUUCCUUCUCUCUCGCUCUCGCUCUCUCUUUCUCUGUCUCACUCUCUCUCUCUCUCUCUCUCUCUCUCUCUCUCUCUCUCUCUCUCUCUCUGUCUCUCUCUCUCUCUUUUAAACGACAAUCUGUGACACUGCUACUGUAAGAAUGAAUCAGUAUUUAUUCUAAUGGAGUAUUGAUAUGCUGUGUAUAGGCCUAUUGAGUAUAAAUGAGCAAAAUCUGCACUAACCUUUGUGGACGUUAUUCUGUAACCAGUAUUUUCUUUUGUUGGAUUGUAAUUAUUUUGACUGUAUUGUAACCAUCUUUGUAUGAUGUAUAACAACAAUGGAGACUGAAUAUGUUAAUGAAGUGUUCUAUCAUUUGGUACCAGUAUUAUUACAGUAAGUACUACUAGUUGGUCCAUGGAACAGAUGAUUGUUUUUAUCUGAUUUUACAGGACUCAAAUGAGUAUAUUUUCUAAAAAGGCAUAUAUGAAUAGGAUAAAUAAACAUGAAAUUUCCCAA